UCCAGAGGGGGGGCGCCGCCACUCGCCUGCCAGCCGCCGUCGCGCCCGCGCUCACCCGCCGCCGAUUUAAAAAAUAAUUACGUUCGAUUUUUAAAAAUUAAAAAUGUUCGCCAAUGUUGUGUUGAGGUGAAAGUUAUAUUUUUUUGUGCGUGAUAUAUUCAGCCAGUGCUUGUGAAGGAUUGUUUUGUGAGGAACCUGUGUUAUUGGAGGCAAGAUGGGCUGCCGAGUGACAAUAGUGGACGAUGUCCUCAACAAGUCGUUCUACAAGCUCGGUCUGGCCGUGGGUCGCCAGCCGGGCUACUUCAUCAUCAUCCCAGUGCUCCUCUCCCUGCUCUGCAUCACCGGCUACCAGAGGAUCUACUACGAGAUGGACCCAGAAUACCUGUUCUCUCCAGUCCAGGGCCAGGGCAAGUUGGAACGGAGUAUCGUUGAGGAUUACUUCAAAGUGAAUUACUCGCAUCGGUUCAAUGUUGGACGGAUUACUAGAGCAGGUCGCUUCGGCCGAGUCAUCAUCGUGUCCAAAGACAACACGACCAACAUGCUCCGUACCGAGGUCUGGAAGGAACUGCGGCAGCUGGACGAGCUGGUCCAAAACGUGACGGUCCACCUGCCUGACGGAGACACCUUCACUUACAAGGAGGAGUGCGCGAGAUGGGAGGGGCAGUGCUUCGUCAAUGAUAUCUUGAAUCUUGAUAAGAUUAUUGGGGAGGUGGAGCGCGGAGAGUUGAACCUGACGUUCCCUAUAAUGUUCAACCCUGUGACGUGGGAGGCGCAUGCGUUCCCGGUGUUCUUCGGAGGGUCGAAGGUGGUGGACGACAACAUCGUGUCGGUGCCGGCGGUCCAGCUCGUGUGGUUCGUGAGGACGGAUACUGAGCUGCAGCAACAACGUGGCGCAGCAUGGGAGGACGCUUUCCUUGACGCUGUCGGCAUAGCAGAAGAUACGGGGCGCUUCAAGCACAUCUCUAUCGCUCGUUUCGCCUCCAGAACCCUCGAUCAUGAAUUGGAGAAGAACACCAGAACUGUCAUACCUUUCUUCAGUUCCACUUUCAUACUUAUGGGUAUCUUCUCGAUCGUCACAUGUAUGAUGGCGGAUUGGGUGCGGUCGAAGCCGUGGUUGGGUCUGUUGGGGAAUAUCUCCGCAGUCAUGGCCACCGCCGCUGCGUUCGGUCUUGCCAUCUACAUGGGGAUCUCCUUCAUUGGAAUCAAUUUGGCUGCUCCGUUCUUGAUGAUUGGUAUCGGCAUAGACGACACAUUCGUGAUGCUGGCCGCGUGGCGCCGCACGUCUCCCAAGCUUCCCGUGCCUGAGCGGAUGGCCAUCAUGCUGUCUGAAGCCGCCGUGUCCAUCACCAUCACCUCUGUCACUGACAUGCUCUCCUUCUUCAUCGGAAUCUUCUCUCCCUUCCCCUCUGUGCAGAUCUUCUGCAUGUAUUCAGGACUGGCCGUGUGCUUCACCUUCGUAUGGCAUUUGACGUUCUUCGCGGGAUGCAUGGCUGUCUCCGGCUACCGUGAGAAGCAGAACCGACACACACUCACGUGGCUAAAGGUGCUACCCGAAUCUAGGGCUAGAAAAGAAGAAAAGUCCUGGCUGUACCGAGCGUUCUGCUCCGGAGGCAUCGACCAGGCGGACCCCGACAACCCAGUGGACAACCAAGAGCACUGCAUCAUGGCCUUCUUCAGAGACACCAUGGCUGGUCUCCUCAACAACAACCUGGUCAAAGCCUUCGUCAUCGUGGUGUUUCUGGCAUACCUCGCGGGGGCCGGCUAUGGAGUCACCAACCUCAAGGAAGGGCUGGAGCGAAGGAAGCUGUCAAAAGUGGACUCUUACUCUGUAGAGUUCUUUGACCGUGAAGAUCUUUACUACAGAGAGUUUCCUUAUAGGAUACAGGUGGUAAUAACCGGCGAGUACAACUACUCCGACCCGCUCGUGCAGGACCAGGUGGAACUCCUCACCCAGCAGCUGGAGAACACCUCCUACAUCUCCAACUCGCUGUACACCGAGUCCUGGCUGAGGACCUUCGUCAACUACGUGUCGAGGAAUAAUGACUAUUUGAACGUGACCAUCGAUAACGAAGCUGACUUCUUGACCAAUUUGAAAGAGCUAUGGCUUUACCCAGCGAAUCCAUUCUCUCUGGACGUGAAAUUCAACGAUGAGGGAGACAGGAUCAUCGCCUCCCGGUUCCUCAUACAAGCCAUCAACAUCAGCGGAACAAACCACGAAAAGGAAAUGGUGAAAGCGCUAAGAAAAGUUGUCGCUGACUCACCGCUAAACGCCUCAGUUUUUCAUCCAUACUUCGUGUUCUUCGAUCAGUUCGAGCUUGUGAAGCCAACAUCUAUCCAAAACCUCUGCUACGGCGCCUUGAUGAUGAUGAUCACCUCAUUUAUCUUCAUCCCGAACAUCCUCUGCUCUCUGUGGGUCGCCUUCAGUAUCAUUUCUAUCGAGAUCGGCGUCGUGGGCUACAUGGCUCUCUGGGACAUCAACCUGGACUCCAUAUCUAUGAUCAAUCUCAUCAUGUGUAUCGGGUUCUCCGUAGACUUCACUGCGCACAUUUGCUACGCCUACAUGGCGUCCACCGCCAAGUCUUCCAAUGAACGAGUCAGCGAAUGCUUGUAUGCCCUUGGGUUACCGAUAUGCCAGGGAUCGUUCAGUACCAUACUGGGAGUGAUAGCUCUGCUGUUGGCCGACAGCUACAUCUUCUCGGUAUUCUUCAAGAUGGUGUUCAUGGUGAUAUUCUUCGGCGCCAUGCACGGACUAUUCCUGCUUCCUGUGCUGCUGUCGCUGUUCGGGCCGGGUUCCUGCACUAAACAGGAGGAGGAAAUCAAAAUGUCCAACGUAGAGAAGCUGUUUCCACACCCGUAUUGCAUCCCACACCCUCAGCUGGUGCUCAACGAUCAGAUAUUUAACGGCAAAAAUCUCAGCCCGAACGGUGUCUACAAGAUAUUCGGGGACGACAAAGACUUGGGCAUCGGGACUUCGGGAGAAGAUACCAGCGAGAGCAGCUCCAACCAAUCGCAGCGACGACAAAUAGGGGAGACCGACGGGCGUAAAAGUUACGAUGAGGGUUGGAAAAGGUCGAAUUACGCUCCAGGCAGCCAGUUCCAGCCGUCAGGGGAGCUGGAUCUAUACGGAGCCGAGGAUAGAGAGUGGAGGACGCAGCGGUAUGAAGACAAUCGGCGCGUUUUUGAGAACCGACGGAACCCUGCAGCCGAGGAGUGGGCGCGCGCCGCGAGGAAGUCCAGUGACGCCGGGCCACGACGCGAGCGAGAGCGAGACAGCACACACAGAGUCAUGCGCACUCACUCACACCACAACCUGCACCGGCCCCGCGCGCCGCGACGCACCAACUCGCACCACAACCUCGAACAUUUAGACUACGUCGCCGAAAUGAGGUUCCCUUGACGGCGACCGACCUCUGUGAUACCAACGAGUGCUCAAUAUGGACCAAAGUAUACGUGACGUGGUAUUAUUUUACCACACUUUUUUUAUAAUGUUAAGGUUGAGUUAGUAGAAAAUUUAACUUCUUUUAAUGACUCUUUAGCUUUGUAUGUAAAGAUGAGUAAGAAUUUGGUCAGUGCCUUACUAAGGUGUGCCUUAUAAGUCACCGUCUUUGAAGUAAAGGGUUGCGAAUUUUAUUAUGUAUUAGAUUUUAGUCAAGUCAUGGCUAACGCCCUAAUUGGCAAAUAUAGGGCAAUUUUUUUAUUCAUAAGCAGAUGGUAAGUCAUAGUUUAUAGUUCUAGUGGGUCAGAUUUAAAAUAUAAAUAAUAAUGUUAGUUAGGUUUUUGUUACCAUCACAAAAUUAUGUAAUAUACCUACAAUUAAGUAUCUGAAUCAAUGCAAACUUGCGGAAACUUAUCACUUGACUUUCAAUAGUAAAUAAAAGUUGAUAAUGUAUUUUCAAUAAUUUAUUUAAAUAUAGAGUUCCUAAGACUUAAUUAAAAUACAAAUCAGUCAUAAUGUCCUUGUUAGGCACUCUAUCUAUCGCAUCAGUUACAUCUCAAAAUGGCAGCUUCAAUGCUUAAAUGCUAAAUCAUAUUAAAUACCAAGUGAUAUUUUAGCGUUCUAAUAAGGAUGGGUGAAAGUUUUUAUUAAAUUUACAUAAAUAGUGUAAAUAUAACACUGUAUAUUUAAAUACAUAUAAUAUUAAUAUGUGGUUUUACUGAAUAGAGCUUUAACAUAACGUGUGUCUAGGGUUAGCCAAUUCUUUGUAAAUAUUAGUUGUAUGUUUAGCUGCCAUCCCUACAGUGAUAAUGAUAAGACAUAAGCCAAAAUACAACUAAUAUACAUUUGUUUUAAUGUAUUUUUCUUCAAUUUGUAGACUUCAAAUUAUGGAUACAACCAUUCACAUGUUGGAGGCAAUGUUACAUUGUAAAUACUAAUAUUUAUAUACUUUGCCUGAAUUGUGAAGUAAAUAUGUGACUGAUGGUCAAUCGCGACUGAGUGAUGUAAAUAAAUUCUUGUUUUAUAACAAUAAAACUAGUUUUGAUAAGAAA